AUGCCGUCGUGCGGCAUUUCAGCUGCAGAAAGGCAUGGUUUCAUUGAACGUGUGGCCCAGUAUGAUUUUGAAAACAGCACGCCUGUGCCUCGCUGGCGAUUGCAGCCGGUAAAAAGCGGUGAUGAAUGUUUGUACGAAAGCUUUCCUGAACUUCCUUUGGAGGAAGCGCCAGAAGCUGAUGGAGAGGCUGCAAACAUCCAGUGUCCAACAUCCGCCAACAUUCAGGAGCCGUCUUCUCCAGCAACCUCCAGCGAAGCUUUCACGCCAAAGGAGAGCUCUCCUUACAAGGCUCCAAUAUACAUUCCCGAUGACAUUCCUAUUCCUUCAGAGUUUGAGCUCCGAGAAUCCAACAUUCCUGGAGCAGGAUUAGGGAUAUGGACCAAAAGGAAGAUUGAAGCAGGGGAGAAGUUUGGCCCUUUUGUAGGAGAGCAGCGGCCACACCUUAAAGAUCCCAGUUACGGUUGGGAG